CGAGAGGGAGAAAAAAAGCCCAUGGAACAGGGAGAAGAUCCACGGAGCAACGACGAAGACGACUUCCGUGAAUUCUUUUUCGUCAUUCUGUGGUCGCGACACACACACACACACCGUGGUUACCGUGGAAACAGGAAAACGAGGCGUGAAAAGUGGCAGAAGAGAAGAAGCUCUGACCUCUGAUAAACAUUUAAACGGCGGCUUCAUGUCACUCCGAGUUUCAUCCAUGAGUGUUCUUCCUCCUGUGCGAAGAGACCGGAUCAUCGCUCAGCUUCCUCCGUGUUUCAGGAAAGAAGCUGCCCUCCACACUAAAAAUGACUUUAACAACAAAGUGAGAACAGCCUGUCAGGAGCAGCGCACCGGCACCGUGGGCAGAUUUAAAAUCUCUAAGGUCAUCGUUGUGGGCGACCUGGCCGUCGGGAAAACCUGUCUCAUCAACAGAUUUUGCAAAGAUGUUUUUGAUAAAAACUACAAGGCCACGAUUGGCGUGGACUUUGAGAUGGAGCGGUUCGAGGUGUUGGGUGUUCCCUUCAGUCUACAGCUGUGGGACACUGCAGGUCAAGAGAGGUUCAAGUGCAUCGCAUCUACAUAUUACAGAGGAGCCCAGAUUGUGAUCAUCGCGUUUGACGUAAAUGACGUUGCCUCUUUGAGUCAUGUGCGGCAGUGGCUGGAAGACGCGUUGAAAGAGAACGACCCCACAGCUGUUCAGCUGUUCCUCGUCGGCACAAAGAAAGACCUGAGUUCUCCGGCUCAGUAUUCUCAGAUGGAACAGGACGCUCUCAGAAUGGCACAGGAGAUCAGCGCAGAGUACUGGGCCGUGUCGUCACUCACAGGGGAAAAUGUGAAAGAGUUCUUCUUCCGUGUGGCAUCGCUGGCGUUUGAGAUCAAUGUUCUGGCCGAGUUGGAGAAAAGUGGCUCGAGGCAAAUUGGAGACGUCGUCAGAAUUAACAGCAAUUCAAACAACCUGUAUGCCACGUCCAAGAAGAAGAAGCAGCACGACUGCUGCCAGUGAGGACGAGAGCACAAGGUUCAUGAAAGGUACGGACUGAGAAUGUGACUGAGCUCAGUGGAGGGAUUUCUGUGGUCAGAAAGUUUCACUUCCUUGAGGUCUUUUUAAAUUCAGUUUUUUUCCCCCGUGGACGUGGACUGAGUUUUCCCCUCCGUGGGAUGUGGAUUCCUGUGGUCGUGUGUGGAAUUACAGAGUUGACACAGAAAUAACCACCUCUCUCCUGAGAUGCCAAAGAAAGAGUGUGGAUGUUUUUUUUAAUACGGUUAAUAUACUGUAAACUGCCUAUAGUCACAUACUGCAGUAUUUUGUUGAACCCAACCUUAGCUCCCAGUAUUUUAUGCCCAUAAUUUUCAUCUCAAGCUCCAAAAAGAUAUGAUGGGGUCACAGCGUGGACAGUUCGCCAGACCAUUCACUCUCACACUCACGCCUAAGGUCCAUUUAGAGCAGGGGUGUCAAACUCAUUUUAGUUCAGAGGCCACAAAUGGCACAAUUUGAUCUCAAGUGGGCCAGACCAGUAAAAUAAUAGUAUAAUAAUCUAUGAACAACAAGAACUCAAAUUUUGUUCCCAUGUGCUUUACAUUUAAUGAAGUAUCUUUUUACAAAACGUGACAUUUCUUGAGAGAAAUUGAGUAUGAUUUCAUCAAUGUUAUGCCUAAAUUUACCGUUUUCCCUAGGGCUGAAACAAUGACUCGAUUAUUAAUCAAUUACUAAAUGAAUUGUCAACUAUUUUGAUCAUCGAUUAAUCGGUCUGAGUGUUUUUAAGCAAUCAAAGCGUGAUUUUUCAGCUUCUUAAAUGUGAAUAUUCUUUGGUUUCUUUGCUCCAUGUAACAAAGAAAUCAUUCAAACUGACUAAUUUUUGUUUUUUUGGACAAGACGAGACAUUUGAGAUCGUCCUCCUUUCCAGGUUUGAGAAACACUGAUCAGCGUUUUCUGACAUUCCAUGGACCGAACGCUGGAUUACUUAAUGAAUCGAGAAAAUGAUUGACACACUAAUUGUUUAUAAAAAUAAUAACCCACGUCACACUGGAUCUAUAAAGGCACAACCAUUUAGUCACAGGUAUCUUGAAGUGAAAAAUAUAGUAUUUCAGAUCAUAUUUCAGAUUUUAACAAAUUCAUGUGGGCCAGAGUGGACCCUCUGGUGGGCAGGUUCUGGCCCUCGGGCCUUACGUUUGACACCCCUGAUUUAGAGUGUCCAAUUUAACUAAUCGCCGACCGAAACAUAUAUAUUCCAUUCCAAUAUUCCAUUUUCGGUUUUCGCCCGAAAGACUUUUAGCACCGAAACACCGACCGAAACGGGACGAUGUGAUGAUGCAUGGAGUCGGAGAAGUGCACAGCUGGGAGCGCUCCCAAAUUACCACGUUCACAUUUACAUGAGGAGUAAAUGUGUCACGUUUGAACAGUGGUUCCCAAACAGUGUCUGGACCCACAGAUGUGUCGUGGCAGAUUUUAUUUUUGGAUUUCUCCCAAACAUUCAAAUUUCCCCGAUUUUCUCGAUUUUGGAACUUAAGUAUAUUUUGGAACUAUAAGUAAAAUUUGGAACUUUAAGUAUAUUUGGAACUAUAAGUAAAAUUUUAAACUAUAAGUAGAUUUUGGAACUUUAAGUAUAUUUUGCAACUAUAAGUAAAAUGUGAAACUAUAAGGAGAUUUUGGAACUUAAAGCAUAUUUUGGAACCAUAAGUAAAAUUUGAAACCAUAAGGAGAUUUUAGAACUUUAAGUACAUUUUAGAAUCAUCAAAUUCAAGUUCAAACCUAUUCAUAUUUCCCCAACUGUUUUUUUUUUUUCCAGUGGAAGUGGUGCAUUUUACUGAUUCAGAAUUAUAUGAGGUAUUUUACAGAUGUUGGAGCUAAAUUAGAUUCUUCCUUAUGCAUUGUGCAUAUGUGUUAUUGUUAUUUCUAUGUCUUUAAAAGUGUGGGAGAAAGUUUGGGAAAAUUAUGCACUAAAGCCCACGUGGUGAAAAUAUUGCCAUCGACCCAUGUGAUGGGAUAAGCGCUUGUCUGCUGGAUACAAGCAAAUGCUCCUCCUGGUCAUUUUUAAUCGUAAUGCUAAUCUUAAUGACUUCACAUUGGUUCUGUUCACAAAGACCAGAAUAAUCAACAACAAAAGUUACAUGCUACAGCUUUAAAAAUGCUUUGGUCAGAUUUUAACCGUUUUCGUAGUUUUAGCUUCUCUCGGCCGCCAUGUUGGAAUUUUACAGAAGCUGCUGACGUAUUGCGUAAAACCGGCCUCUUGUGCGAUGGGGGAAAAAACUGUUUAUGCUAAGGUCCCUUAUUUAAGGACUAAGGUCUCAAAUCUGUGGCUUUCUAGUCAAUAUUAUGGGGCCCAUCGCACAAGAUGGAGUUUUAAUAUAGUUAACUAUAAUAAUAGCUUGUUCCGUAACAGUUUCUUUCAUUUUUUUUGACCAAGUUAGAAAUCUUAGAUUAAAGUCAGAAUUACUUUAAUCUCAACAUUCUGACUUUCUAAGAAUUCUGGCUUUAAUAUCAGAAUUCUGACUUUGAUCUAAGAAUUCUUAGAAAUUGGCCAUUGGUUUGAACACAGUAUAACGUGACAUAAUCAUAAGAGCCCAAAAGAUUGUGGAGUUGGACCUGAAAAUGUAUUUUCCACUGCCAAAGUGUUAUUGAAGAAAUAAGAAUGUGCAGCAGUUUAAGAGUUAUAAAGGGAAAAAGUUGUUGAGGCUGAAACAUAUCAGUCACUGCUGUAAUUAUUUAAACUUUUAAAAACUAGGCUAUUUUUCCUAUUUGCUGGCUUAAAUCCAAGUGUUGACAUUUUAUUUUAUUGUUGUCAGACAGUGUACGAGCGUUUUCACCUUGAGCUUGAAUUGAAUAAUCAGUGUUGCUGCCGUAGUUUGUUUCACAGUUGUGUAUUUUUCCGCAUAGUAUUACGAUUUUUUACUAAGCAAAAAAAGUGUUUCAAUACCAAGACAGAGGUUUGAUUAUAGAUGUAGUUUUUUUAAUUUAAUAAUAAAUCCAGUGACUGAAUAUCAAUAAUACCUUUUUUUUUCAAAU